AUGUUAACCGAGAGCUCUUGGUCUAGUGGUAAUGGAAUUCUAGCUGUAGUACCCGUCUUAGGUGAUAAUCUUCUUCGCAGGAACAUCAACAGGAACACAGACUGUUCACGAUGUGGUGCUCCUGAAACCCUCUUCCACUUGUUAUUCUUCUGUCCGUUUGCUGUUAAUGUCUGGGGUCUAGCUCCUUGGAAGACAAGCUUCGACUCAUUGCGUAGUGCCUCGUUCCAAGACGAACUCCAAACCUCAUCACGCCAAAUCAAUCUACCACCAGUGGGAAUAACCUCCAACAUCUUUCCCUGGAUCUGUUGGGGUCUCUGGUUGAGCAGGAAUCAACUGAUCUUCGAAUCCAAAACCCUGACACAGCAACAGUUAGUCAAUAGAGCAAUAGUAGCUUGCAAGAAAUGGGAAACGUGGAACAAAGAGCAUGAAGUUGCGGGUCUCGCCUGGGUCUACUCCACCUCUUCCUCAAUUGAGCUGAAUCGAGGCUCCUCCCUCCAAAGCGCGGUUGCUUCUCCCCUCGUGGCGGAGGCAUUGGCGAUUAGAGAAGCGCUCUGGCAUGCAUCAGCUCAAUCCUACAAACGCAUCUGGCUUCGCUCAGAUUCCCAAUGGCUUAUCAACGCCAUCAAUUUGAAUCUCCGACUGAUAGAGCUCUACGGUAUUCUAUCGGAUGUCGAUGCGCUCGUUUUUUCAGAUUUUCUUUCUGUCUCGUUUUCUUUUGUUUCAAGAAACCACAAUGGCCCUGCAGAUUUUUUGGCCAAGGCCUGCUUAUGUAUGAACCCAUCAGGAUUGGACCUCUAA